AUGAGAAAAGAUAAAGACAAAAACAGAGCAGCGUCUCAUUCAUCUUACGGCACGUUUCAAGGUGUCCCUACUUAUCCACCACCGUCGCAUCCUCGUCCGCCGACGCACCAUCCUGUCAACGGAUUUCCUCGGCCGUCUCCGCCUCACGGAGCAGCUCAUCACGACGGAGCUCAUCACGACAUUUCCGUUCAUCAAUACAUUCAAGAACAUCAAACCGUUCCUGGAUACGCUGUUGCUGCUGAAGUAAAACCUUUAAGAGAAGACCCACUUCCUUGUUGUGGUCUUUGA